GUCAAAAGAGUUUGGUAUGUGAGUCAAAGUGAAGGGAUUAUAAAAAUGAAUGUGGAGAGAGAGUUGGAAAGCUAAAAGGACAGUCCACUAUUUCUUGAAUUGGUAGAGCAAGGCAAAGCCAAGUGAGUGAGGAUGGAUGAAAGUUUAACGGAAGGGUUCAAAUUUAGAGGAAUCUUUGAUCCCCAUUUUAAAUCUCCAGUUAAUCGCCGCAAGAUUAAUUCUUCUCCAAACGGAACCAAGAAGCCUACUGAUGCAGAGGUUAAAAAUUCUGCAAACAAACAUCCAGAAAAAGAUCCCAAUUUUCCCAGCUCUUCAAAGCCAAAGCCACAAGCUGCAGCAAGGAAUUCUAAUCCCAACAGCAACUCCGCGCCAUCUUCUCCAGCUCCACCUCCGACUCCUAUUCCGACUACUCGAAAGACAAAAAGUCAACCCCCCACUCCUUCUCCAGCUCUACCUCCGACUCCGAGUCCGACUCCGAGUCCGACUCGAAAAACAAAAUGUCAACCCACCAUGCCUUCUUCUUCUUCAAAGAACAACGUUGUAAGACGUAUUUAUAAUGAUAAUUCUCCAAAAGCUUCUCCCAAGAUUUCUCCCACCUCUGGGUCAGAUUGUCAUGAGAAAGCUGUCAAAACUACUGCUUAUCCUAAUUCACCUGCAUCUUCUGAUCCUUCUAAUGAUAUUGGUCAUCGGUUGUUACAAGGCCUUUCUUUUGAAGGUAAAGACCUUGACGACAUCCUCAAAGGAAACUCAAUAGAUGAUUUAAUGGGCUCAAAUAAUAAAAAGGAAGAAUCUUCACCUCGAAACGUUUCUAGUUUGGCUAUAUUACAAAUUUACCAGAAAAUUGCAUCCCAUCGACAAGGAAACUUAUCCGUUGAACGUUACUUCAAAAAGCUCAAGAAAUUAUGGAAUGACAUUGGAACCUAUAGCAGUGAUUUUGCUCAAGGUUAUUCUAGCAAUGGUACAAUUGCAUUUUGGAGCGAGCUUACAGAAAGAGACAAAGUUAUGCAAUUUUUUAUUGGACUAAAUGAUUAUUAUUCCAUAAUUUGCUCCCAAAUCCUAGUUAACCAGCCAUUCCCAACAGUGGAGGAAGCUUAUUCUGAAAUAAUUCGAGAAGAAAAACGUAGAGAAUUGUUUGUUGCAUUAGGAAUUAUGGCGGCACAAGUGAUUCAAAGUAGUUACCAGUAUGGUUCAUCCAACAAUGGUGAUAAUAAAAAUCUUGGAAUUGAUCAAGAAAUUGACAGAAGUAUUUAACGUUGGAUAUCCUAAUUAAGCAAAGUUGAAGAUUUUCACCUGAAAGAAAAUUCAAGGAUUAAUUUGAAGGACGUACAUAGCUAAGACAAACUUGUCCAGACUGUGUUGAUCGUUAUGGUGAGACACUUAAUAUGCAUUUUUAAUUGAAAAGAUUAAACUUAAACCUCUUUUGGUGGUGAGUCAGAACAUGUUAUUUACAUCUGUUUUAUUCGCGGUUUAAUAAAUAAUUAGUUGGAGAAAUUCACUUAUUCAAAUUUCAGUUCCUUUGUUAUUUUGUUGAACUAAUUGGAACAAAUUUUCUUCUCUCCUAUAUAUAAAUAUCUCUCAUUGGUAUUUCCCUUUUUUGA